AUGUUCGUUUACAAUUGCACGUAUGCACUUCCGUACAACAAGUACUUCCACUUGAUUAAACCGCUGAAGAAAAACGAAUUUCACUGUCGCGUUGUAACGUUGAUGCAUGCCGUCGUGGUGGUGCUUGCGUCCGCUUGGUCUAUUUUCAUUAAUCGUUCGUGGCCUUACUCGAGUCUUGGUGGUUCAAGCACUAAUUUGCAGAUAUUUGUGUGCAUUUUUUCAUUGGGUUACUUUUUGUUUGAUUUUGCAUGGUGCCUGUAUCAUAGAGCUGAAGGAUUCGUAAUGUUGUUCCAUCACUGCCUCACAAUGCUUGGUCUCUGGGUAACGUUGUUUAGAGAAGCUCAUGGAUCAGAAAUCAUUGCCACUAUAUUCUUUGCUGAGAUAACAAAUCCUUUACUACAAAUUAGGUGUUUUCAGAAAGAUGUAACCCAGAAUAUGCACAACAAACUAAAUGAUUCAAAACACGUAGCCAAAAAUAUUGCUGUGAUCGAUUUUUUAUUUUUCACAUUAUUUACAAUAAUGAGACUUGUUUUAGGCUCACACUUCUUAAUCAUGUACCUUUCAUCGAAAGAGCCUGACGUUUUAGCAAGAGCUGGUUGCAUAUGCAUAUAUGCAAUAAGUUGGCUCUUUUGGGUACAGAUGGUUAAAUAUAUAAAAAAAACAUAUUUUCAAAAAGAAAAAAACGACUGA